AUGGACGGAUCUAACGAUAUCGAUUAUUUUCAAAAUUCUUUUCAAAUAUCUCCACGUCUUGCUCGUCAAUAUUUCAUGUGUCCACAUUGUUCAUUUCAUUUAUGUUUUGAACAUGGUCAAGAAUAUCAACAACAAAUUCAAAAUCAAAUUCAUUCUAUACAAGAUCAUGCCGUCAAUCUCGAACAAACAAUCCAAAACUAUCAACCAGUUCAAACAAUUAUCGAACAAGUUUAUAAAUCUCUACAUGAAUGGAAAGAUAAAAUGUUCCAAUUUAUCAAUGAGUACAGCGAGCAAAUUCGAUCACAUAUUGAACAUGCACAAAACCGAUUGAAUGAACAAUGGAAUAUGACCAAAGGUGAAUAUUUACAAUUGUUAGAAAAUUUCGUACAAGAACCCAUUGAUCGAUUACUUCGAGUUCCAAAGCAAAUUCAUCCUGAAGAUGUUCGGCAUAUUCACAGACGAUUUAUUUCAAUUCAAAGUCAAAUUACAGAUCUAUUGACAUUUCGGGAUCUUCUUCGAAUUAAUUUUGAUUCGUGUUCAUUAGCUGGCGACAUCAAUAUUUCGCGUGGUCAUUUUCCAUCACCAAAACUGCCGUCAAAUUCCAUUGAGACCGUUCCGUCACUAGAUCAAAUCACUUUAUCCAAACGAUUCGAUGUAUUGUCAUCAAGUACACCAGCAUUGGCUGUUCGAACGGUCGAUCACUCUAAUUCCAUGAUCCUUACAUGGAUGAAACCAAGCACAUUAUUAAUUUUCGAUUCAGAACAAGGAUUGACCAGACGUGUUGAUGUUGAGCCAGCAUUCAUAUCGAUUCACGAUAUUCUUUGGUGUGAAUAUUUAAAUAAUUUUCUCCUUGCCGGUGCUGCUCUACAUACAUUUGACGUUCAAACUAAUGAAAUCAAACAAAUUUUCACACCAGAAAAUCCACACAUCUGGUCAAUCACUACACAUAAGACCAAUCUGUACGUGUUGUAUGCUAUGGGUGAAUCACCUCUGAUUGAACAUCGUUCACUACCAUCAUUCCAUUUAAUUCAAACGUAUACUCGCGAUCAAGUUUUCUCAAUAAACUCGACAUCGUCGAUCGAAGUUGCACGAUGCAUUCGAACAAACGGUCGUCAUCUUGCAAUGACUAUACGAAAUUCCGCGACACAUCAAUGGCGUGUUGAUGUAUUUAAUUUUCAAUUACAACGAUUGAUUCAAGGUGAAAUUCUUGGACAAGCUGCACAUCCAGAUUACUGGUGUUGUUUAUUAUCUUCAUAUCGAUCUAAUUAUUGGUUAAUCAUGGACAAUACAUCGGAACCAGAAACAGUUACAUUAGUAGAUGGACAAGGACGUUUAAGACAACAAAUUCAACAUGAUGGAUACAAUAUUUGUGUGAUAGAAAGUAAACAACAACUUGUUGUUAAAGAUCAACAUGGAUUAGCUGUAUUUCGGUUUUAA